UGUGUAGAGUCAGACUAUUAGCCGAGUGUCACAGCUGCAUUUCAGCGCAAACGGCGAGCGAAGGAGCCACUGGAUUACUGCUUCUGCUCUCCUGAGUGAACCCCACAGCUUUACAGAUAUCAGAAAAAAUGAACCCGAUCCUUCUGUCCCUCUUCUGCUGCUGUCUGCUGAUCACUGUCACACCCGUUGUGGACAGUGCAAAGCUCAACCUCAGUCACGUUUUGAAAAGGAGUGUCUGGCUUCAGAGAACGAAAAGGGAUUUGAGUAGCCUGUCCGCUCUGCAGGAAGCAGAUCAUGGGCAGUUUGUUCGACCUGAAGACGUCAAAGACACCCUGCUUCCACAUUCCAGUGCUGGACAUACUGGUGUCCGGACAAAGCGUUCCAAGAGCUCCAUCAACCAGUCAAAAAAGUCUGGCUGCGCCCUGGGCACCUGCACUGUGCAUGACCUGGCACACCGCCUGCAGCAGUUCAACAACAAGCUGAAAAUCGCCAGUGCACCCAUAGAGAAGAUUAGCCCGAAGGGCUACGGGCGGCGGCGCAGGUCUGUCCCUGAGAGAAGGAUGAGCCUGGAGCGAGAAGAGAAGGGUGGCCGGUUACGGCCCGUGUGGAGGCUGCAGAGGCUUGAAGCACUGCUUAGGCGGACCUGAGCAGGACAGGUAGCUGCGGAACAGGAUGGAGGGGGAGGAAGCGCCUCCACCAGGCUCGCCGGCCGACUCCGAAAUUCUAUGCAUGCUUCAGACUCCUGCCAAGAGUUUCACUGGCACAUUCCUCUUCCGAGCUGAGAGGCUGGGGAAGAAAAGCUGAGACUUGCUAGAGGAGGCAUGGCCAAAGCUCAAGCGCAAAAACAACAGCUGUUCCACUAAGCACUGUGAAAGAGAGAGAGAUAGACAGAGACACAGAGAGAGACAGAGAGAGAGAAAGAGAAAGAUGGGGGGGGUUGGGGGGGGGUGCUGUGGUCAUGCACUGGAGCCGUGGUCGAGCACUGGGUGUGAGUGUCAAGAUCUGUACUGAUCCCCAGCACCACAGAGCACAAGCACCGGUAAGGAGAAGUAAGCUCCUCCAGAAUUCUCUGUGUCUUCUUGCUGCUCCUCAGAUGGACUAUUUGGUGGGAUUUUGGGACUUUUAUACUUUCUUAGAAAAAAAAACCUCUGGACUUAAAGCCACCCAAUUCAUCUGGUAAAGAUGCACAUUGAUGAUUCUGGGGAGAUCGACUUUAAGCAUAAGGCAAUAAAGCUGUUUUCAGUCUCAAACCACCUUUUUGGACACUGUAUGAGGGAUGAAUGCCUUAGAUUAUAGGAAAAAUGCCUUUGCCAGUCCACAAGGAUUGUACUCUACUUGAACAUUAUGUUUUUUUUUGUAUAGAGAUAUGUGCAAUCUAUAUGUAAUGUUUUUUAUUGCCAGUAUAUGUAUAUAUAUGCCACAAUUGCCUAGAUAUUGUUAUUUAAUUGUUUUAUAUUACCUUCUACUACUUAAAGAGAGCUAUUUUUGUACAGGAAUAAAAAUAAGGGCAUUGUAUGAAUGUUGUUAUUCAUUUAGUGUCAUAAAUGUCAUAUUGUUUUAAGCUGUGGUCAAAGAAUCAUGUGUUUCAAUGUCUGUCAUAAUAUAUUUGUAAAUGCGAUUUAUUUUGUCAUGUCAGAGUAACGUUGUCAUCCAAUAAACCUUUUGCAUAAAUCAAA